GAGCGCGAGCGGCGGGAUCUGGUUCCCUCUUUUACCGCCAUCCGCGCGGCGUCUUUCCUGUGAUCGUGAGCACUACUGCGCAGUAUAACGGAGUCUAGCCGCCCAGACACGGAAUUCCCAAGAUCAGAAAAGGAUGGCAGAUAUUGACAAUAAAGAGCAAGCUGACUUGGACCCAGCUGAUAUGGAAGAUGUUGAAGAAGUGGAAGAAGAAGAAACCGGGGAAGAUGUCAACAAUAAAGCUCGUCAGCUGACAGUUCAGAUGAUGCAGAACCCACAGAUUCUAGCUGCUCUUCAAGAAAGGCUUGAUGGACUGGUGGGGUCUCCUUCUGGUUACAUGGAAAGCUUACCCAAGGUUGUAAAACGAAGAGUUAAUGCCUUGAAAAACCUUCAAGUUAAAUGUGCAAAGAUUGAAGCAAAAUUUUAUGAAGAAGUUCAUGAACUGGAAAGAAAGUACGCAGCUCUUUAUCAGCCACUCUUUGAUAAGAGAAGCGAAAUCAUUAAUGCUGUAUAUGAGCCAAAUGAUGAAGAAUGUGAAUGGAAGCCUGAUGAAGAAGAAGAACUAACGGAGGAAAUGAAAGAAAAGGCAAAAAUUGAAGAUGAGAAAAAAGAUGAUGAGAAGGAAGACCCUAAAGGAAUUCCAGAGUUCUGGCUCACUGUGUUUAAAAAUGUAGACUUGCUUAGUGAUAUGUUACAGGAUCAUGAUGAACCAAUUUUAAAGCACUUAAAAGACAUAAAGGUUAAAUUUUCAGAUCCAGGUCAGGCAAUGAGUUUCACAUUAGAGUUUUAUUUUGGCUCAAAUGAGUAUUUCACUAAUGAAGUUUUAACAAAAACUUAUAAGAUGAGGUCAGAGCCAGAUGAAUCUGAUCCUUUCUCCUUUGACGGGCCAGAAAUUAUGGGGUGCACAGGGUGUCAAAUUGACUGGAAAAAGGGAAAAAAUGUUACAUUAAAAACAAUAAAGAAGAAGCAAAAACAUAAAGGACGUGGUACAGUCAGAACAGUUACUAAAACAGUCCCCAACGAUUCAUUCUUCAAUUUCUUUUCUCCGCCCGAAGUUCCUGAAAGUGGUGUUCUGGAUGAAGAUUCUGAGGAACUUUUGGCUGCAGACUUUGAAAUAGGCCAUUUCCUCCGUGAACGCAUUGUGCCACAUGCAGUAUUGUAUUUUACAGGAGAAGCCAUAGAAGAUGAUGAUGAUGACUAUGACGAAGAAGGGGAAGAAGCAGAUGAUGAGGAGGGAGAGGAGGAAGCAGAUGAAGAAAAUGAUCCUGAUUAUGAUCCCAAGGUUUAAGUGAUGUCUCUAGAAAUAAUCCCUAUCCCACUAGAAGGACACCAACCCGCCAGCUGAAUGCAAACAGCAGUGAGGACUACAAACAUGGCCUUGAGGAUUACCUGCACUGUAAUAUCUUAUUAAACAAAGCUUAGUUACUUAACAGCCUUAUGUUUUGUAUUUUCUUGGUAGAAUAAAAGUUAAAUUCUUUUUGCUACAGAUUCUCGGAGGGCGUGUUCCAAGCCCAAGGAGUGUAAUUAUAGUAUUUUAAUAGAAUUUUCUGUUUAAAAAAAAAAAAAAAAGUGGAAAAAAAAAUUCCCUUACCUGUCCAAAAACAAAAUAUAGUUAGGAUGCAGUAAAUCCCUGUUUAUAAAGCAUGAAUCUGUUUAUUCACAGCUAAAUAGUUUGGGUCCUUGUGAAGUCUCUUGUUGUAUUGCUCUUAGACAGCAGCUAUGGAAAAGACUUUUUUGAAAAGUUUCAAAUUUAAGAGACCAGUAUUUGUCUGUAUUUAUCUCCUAAAAAAAGAAAACAAAAUUACACCAACCAAAGUUGAUCUCUUCUACCCGGUAGUCUGAAUGGAUUUGAUAAGUCUGUGCUUGCACUAGUUGUGCCUUCAUUACUUUAUUCUAGAAUUGCAGUGCUGCAGUGACUUGAAAUACCUUGACAAAAUUCACAAUAAGCCUGCGACUUGCUGUGCAAUAGAGGAAGAGACUAAGUGCACAGCCACAGCAUAUGACAGAUUGGAAGCUGAAAAUGGGUUCUGUUCGUACACUGUCUGCUUGUUUGCCAUGUUUUUUAUGUGAAAUAGUGAUUAAAAAUAAAAAUGAUUUUGGGAGAAAAUAUCAAACCUAUUUGCCACAUGACGGUAACUCUGUACCACCUGGGUGUGAAUAAAACAAAACAAAACACAUGUUUUCU